UUGCUGUCAUUGUUGUUCUUUUCAAAGCUUUUAUUAUUCGAAAAGGUUAGUUUCUAUUAAAAUUGUGAUUUAAAGUAACUUAAGGCAAAUUACAAUGAACGAGAGCGAUGGAAACGACAGCUUUAGCUCUGCUCUGGACAGUCUCCCGGAAAUCAUUUGUUUCCCUUUCUGUAAAAGAGAACUGGAAAACCUGGAGAAGCAACUGGAUCGAAUUGUUUUGAUAAACCAGGUGGAUACUACAUACCACAGGGCAUUAAAGGACAUAAAGGAUCAGGAGAUCAUAUCGCUGCUGGUGGAGCCCAGUUUUUACGGACGACAUCACCCCACGUCUAUUUUGGUGGUAGCCACGGGCAAUGGAACGUACAUUUUCGACAUCAAGGCCCUUGGCUUGAUAUUUCUGGAACUGGCCAAGAUUCUGGAGGCGGAUCAGCCGCGCAAGGUAAUCCACUACAGUCACCGGAUCGCCGAUCAUCUGUUGCAUAGGCACCGCAUCUCAUUGGGAGGAAUCUUUGAUACUUUUGUGGCUCUAUGCCUGAUCAGCGAGACAAGAAUUCCGUACACCUUGCCAGAGGCUAUUACUCUCGUCUUCGGACUACCCAUGGAGAAGGUGACUGAAGCCUGUGAGUCGCAGCGGAACUUCACUGCUCGUCCACUGACCCACAGUCAAAUGAGAUACUUGGCCAAGAUGGUCCAGCUUCAGCACAUAAUGCACGAUCGUUUGAAUUAUAGUCACAUCUUUUGCGCCGAGGUUCAUCGCAUAUCCUUAGAGUUCAGCCACAGCUACUACGGCUUACGGUCCUGCGACGUCGCCAUAAACAUGGCACCUGCCAGUAGCUUCGGGUUCCAACUCUUAGAUUCAUUCUGCAAAAAGACCGACAAGGAACUCGAGGAGAUCUAGGAGAUCACCAAAUAGCUCGCAAGGGAGCGGAUUAGUUCGGCAGGAUUGUAAUGGAAUACCUUCGGCUGAGUUGUGUCUCAUAUAUGCAUCUAUAUUUUACUGAUAGGUCAAGGGAUUUUUCUUUUUUAUUGAUAAAUGUUUUUUUCCCGAUGUGCAAUGUACCUUUCUCAAAAAUCACGUUUUUUUAUUCGACUAAAAGAAUACAAUAUCUAAGAAUGUUCUAUAUAUUUAUAAGAAUAUUCAUUUAUAAAUAAUUAUCUUAUAAGAAGGUAAGAUCCUUAAAAAGAAAACCGAUGGUAACAUACCCUUACAGUUUUAA